AUGUCAUCUUGUGGCAGCUAUUCUCUGGCCAACAAAAAAUUUGGUUUCAUCGGAACAGGAGCUAUGAAUGGCUCCAUCAUUCGUAGUAUUAUUCAGCAGUCCAAUCCAAUGAUUCAACCACAACAAGUAUUUGCCUACGAUCCAAAUGUUGAAUUUUUAAACAAAAUUGUGCAAGAAACAAACAUUCAAAAAUGUUCCAAUAAUGAUGAAAUGAUUCAUACGUGUGAUGUGAUUAUUCUUGGAGUGAAACCUCAAAGUUUAGAGAGUGUCUUGAAAGAAGCCUCAACAGCCUUUGGUAAAAAGAAAUCUGACUUGUUGUUAAUCAGUAUUGCUGCAGGAUAUAAAAUUUCAACCAUUUACGAACAUUUGGCACAAAUUGCUCAAACGAAUGAGAGAACAUUGGAUGAAUUUUUCAGUGUGAUUCGAGUGGCAAGAGUAAUGCCAAAUAUUUGCUGUACUGUUGAAGAAUCUGCAAGUGCUUUUGUACUUGGAAAACCUCCUUUUGGAGCUUCAAAACACAUCACUCUGGAUACUAUGGAAAAUGAUCGAUCUGUUGUGCAUAUGAUCUUCUCAAUGAUUGGUGAAUGUGUGAGUUUGAGUGAUGAGAGCUAUUUGGAUGCUGUGACAGGACUUUCAGGUAGUGGUCCAGCCUUUGCAUUCAUGUUCAUUGAAGCCUUAGCAGAGGCAGGUGUCUAUUGUGGAUUAGGGAGAGAAACAAGCAAUAUUUUGGCAGCUCAGACCGUGUUGGGUGCUGCCAAGAUGGUUUUAAAGGAGAAGGUUUCUCCUGCAGUACUGAAAGAUAGAGUCGUUUCUCCUUCAGGCACAACAUCUAGGGGAGUUUUAGCUUUAGAGGAAGGAAGUUUCAGAGGUACCGUGAUGAAAGCAGUGAUUGCUGCCACCGAAAGGAGCAUUGAAUUGGGAAAGCCAUCAAAACUCUAA